CAGAUAUGGAUCCCAUCAUUCUUUAUCACUUUCCAUUCUCGCCAGUUUCUCGUGCAGUUUUACUAACUGCACGUAGCCUUGACAUUGAAUUAGAGAUCAAGGAAGUAAAUUUGAUUAAACGAGAGAAUCUUGAGCCAUGGUAUCUUGAAAUCAAUCCGCAACAUACUGUGCCUGUCAUUAACGACAAUGGGCAUAUUUUGACAGAGUCUCGAGCUAUUUCGAGAUAUUUGGUGAACUCGAGAGCUCCGGGAAGUUCGUUAUAUCCUGAAGAUCCGAAACUUCGUUCGAUAGUUGAUCAACGUUUGUGUUUCGAUGAAGGAACAGUUUUUUCUCGAAUGGCAAAAGUUUUUGAAAACAUCAAGAAAGGAGGAACUGAAAUCACAGACGAACAUAUCGAAAGCAUCUACGAGGUCUUUAAAUGGCUCAACGACAUCCUUUCUUCAAGCAAAUGGAUGGCUGGCGAUGAAAUCACAAUCGCUGAUACAACUUUAUUGGCAACUCUUUCAACAUUAUUCGAGCUUGGAGCCAAAUUGAAUGACUAUCCCGAGCUUCAACGAUGGUUCGAUCAAUGCAAAGACGAGUUACCUGGCUUUGAAGAAAAUGCAAAAGCUGUCGAGGAAAUUGCUAAUGUCAUAAAAUCCAAAUUAACUAAAGGCUUCUAAUUUGAGAUAUUUCAAUUGAAUUGAUGUUGUUUGAUGAUCGAAAACCAUUUCUACCUCACCAUUUUGCUUUUAUAUAGAUGUUUUCGCACAAAGCUUUGAAUUUUCCAAUUACUUACGA